AUGAAGGAAGCUAUCGUAGGAGACGGACCCAAAGUCCAAAUCAUCGACUCCCCCAAGCCCACCCCCAACGACGACCAAGUCCUCAUCCGCGUCGUCGUCUCCGGGUGUAACCCAAAGGACUGGAAGCUCCCCGGCCUGAUGCCCGACAAGCCACCCCUCAACCAAGGCGACGACAUCGCCGGUAUCGUCGAAGCCGUCGGCUCCAACGUAUGGGAGUUCAAGCCCGGCGACCGCGUCGCCGCCUUCCACGAGAUGCAGGCGCCCCACGGCUCCUGGGCUGAGUACGCCGUCGCCUGGCAACACACGACCUUCCACAUCCCCAAGGAAACCACCUUCGAGGAGGCCGCGGCGCUGCCGCUGGCUGCCAUGACUGCCGCCGUUGGCUUGUUCUCCCGUCUGGGACUGCCGGAGCCGUGGGCCAAGUCCGUGAGCGACGAGGAGCGCGAGAACACCCCGCUAGUUAUCUACGGCGCGUCGAGCGCCGUGGGGUAUUACGCUCUGCAGAUGGCGAAGAGGAGUAACAUCCACCCGCUGAUUUGCAUCGCCGGGCGGGCGGGCAGCGAGCGGAUCGCGCCGCUUUUGGACCAGGCCAAGGGCGAUGUGCUGCUUGAUUACCGCGAGGGUGAAAAGGCGGUUGUGGAGGGCAUCAAGAAGGCGUUGAACGGCAGGCCGCUGCUGCACGCUUUUGACGCGGUGUCGGAGAAGGGAACGCCGGAGCACCUCGCGCAGGUGCUGAGCCAGCCGGUGAAGAAGGGGGAUAAGGAGGUGAGGGCCAAAGCGACGUUUGUGCUGUUUGGCAAGAUGGGCGUGCCGGACUAUGUGGACCAGAGCAUGACUAUGGUUGGUAGCGUGCACCAGGAUGAGAAGGACUUUGGGUAUGUGUGGUAUAGGUAUAUUGCGAGGGGCUUGCAGAAGGGGUGGUUUAAGGGGCAGAGGACCGAGGUGUUGCCCGGAGGACUGGCGGGCGUGCAAGAGGGUUUGGAGAGGUUGAGGGAUGGAAAGGCGAGUGCUAUGAAGUAUGUUUAUCGGAUUAAGGAGACGGAAGGGGUUGAGAGGAGCGAUGAGUGA